AUGGACAAUAAAACAGUCCUCGAGUCUUUCCCCUCCAGCCUGGAAGGCGGAAACUCCGGCCUCCGCAAUCGACGUCAACCCAAGAAAUGGUGGCAAUUCGGAGGUAGAGACGUCAGCUACGUUUCUGUCGACGAUGGGAUCGUUGACCAGAAGUCCUCCGAGACCUCCUCCCUCAGUGACACCGGCAAGAACGUGAACAACGUCUUCGUGAGCCCGGAAGCGCUCGAGAUCUACAAGCCUGUCGAGGGAUUUGAAGGUACCCAUCGCUUCAAUCCCACAGCGACAUGGACACCUCAGGAGGAGAAGACCUUGGUUAGACCUUGUGUCAUGUUCUUUGCCCUACAACUUGACCGUGGCAAUAUCACUCAAGCGUUGUCGGACAACAUGCUUGUUGAUUUGGGUAUGGUGACCAACGACUACAACAACGGCAUGACCGUGUUCUACUGCGCAUUCUUGCUUGCCGAGCUUCCCUCGCAACUCAUCAGCAAGAGGCUUGGACCAGACAUUUGGAUUCCUAUACAGAUGGUGUCAUGGUCGAUUGUUGCUGCUUCCCAAGCUGCUUUGUCGGGCAAGACCAGCUGGUACAUCUGUCGUGCUCUACUCGGUCUGAUAGAAGGUGGAUUCAUUCCCGAUACGAUCCUCUACCUCUCCUACUUUUACAAGAAUGCUGAGCUGCCAAAGCGCCUCAGCUGGUUCUGGACAUCCUAUCAAUCGACACAGAUCAUCGGAGCCUUCCUUGCAUACGGCAUCUUGCACCUUCGAGGUCGUGGUGGUUUGGGAGCAGGCUGGCGAUAUUUAUUUGUGAUUGAAGGGUGCAUCACCGGCCUCAUUGGAAUCUUCACAUGGCUUUACCUGCCAGCCUCACCCACCCAGACAGCUCGCCACGGCUUCAAGGGUCUCCUGCGCCCCAAGAAUGGGUGGUUUACCGAGCGAGAAGAGGUCAUCAUGGUUACGAGAGUCCUUCGUGAUGAUCCCAACAAGGCUACGAUGCAUAAUCGCCAAGGUCUCAGCUUCAAAUUUCUCUGGGAAGCUCUCACUGACUAUGAUAUGUGGCCGAUCUACAUCCUCGGCUUGUCAUGGACGAUCCCAACCACACCACCACAAGCCUAUAUCACUCUUACGUGCAAGGCUCUCGGGUUCGAUACCUUCCAAACUAACCUGCUCACCAUUCCUGCUUAUGUCCUGUUCAUCCUGCAACUACUAUUCUGGACCUGGGCGUCCGAAAAGAUGAACCAGCGCCUCAUAGUCGGCCUUAUCGCUCAGAUCUGGGCCCUACCUCUACUAGUCGCCCUGGUCGCUUUGCCACCGCACUUUAACAACUCCAACUGGGCCAAGUGGACUCUCUCCACGCUGCUUGUUGGGUACCCAUAUGCUCAUGCCAUCCUCGUGGCCAUGACAUCUCGCAAUGCAGGGUCAGUGCGCACCAGGACGGUCGGGUCGUCACUGUACAACAUGGCCGUGCAGGCGUCAAACGUGUUUUCCUCUCAGGUGUACCGUACUGACGACAAACCCUACUACUACAGGGGCAACAAGGCUCUGUUGGGUGUCGUGGCAUGGAACAUCAUUGCCUUCUGCAUCUCCAAGUGGUACUAUGUCCGCAAGAACAAUCAACGUGACAGGAUCUGGAACGCCAUGACCAGAGAAGAACGAGUGCAGUACUUGGCUACCACUGAGGACAAGGGCAACAAAAGGUUGGACUUCAGAUUUGCAUCAUAG